UUCCAUUUUGAAAGUUGAGGCGUGUGGUGUGUGAGUGGAAUACUUCUCCAACAAUUGUCACAAAAAUAAACUUACAACAAAGCAGUAUUUCCCUUUUGCAUUUAUCACAAAUUGUGAAGAUAUUAUUCUAUCAUAAAUAAAGUAAAAAUGAGUGAACCAAUUCGUGUUGUUGUUACUGGCGCUGCCGGUCAGAUCGCCUAUUCCCUGCUCUACAUGGUUGCCCGUGGUGAAGUUUUUGGCAGGGAACAGCCCCUAAUUUUGCAUUUGUUAGACAUUCCACCAAUGGCUGGUGUCUUGCAGGGAGUUGUCAUGGAAUUGGCUGAUUGUGCUCUUCCAUUGGUGCGCGAAGUAAUUCCCACAACAGAUCCAGCUGUUGCAUUCAAGGAUGUAUCGGCUGCAUUCCUCGUUGGCUCAAUGCCACGCAAAGAAGGAAUGGAACGCAAAGACCUUCUCUCCGCCAACGUGAAGAUCUUCAAAGUCCAGGGACAAGCCCUGGACCAGUAUGCCCGUAAAGAUAUCAAGGUACUAGUUGUUGGUAACCCAGCCAACACGAAUGCUCUGGUUUGCUCCCACUAUGCCCCAUCAAUCCCAAAGGAGAACUUCAGUGCAAUGACACGUUUGGAUCAGAACCGUGGAACAGCACAAAUUGCAGCUAAGCUGUCGGUGCCAAUUAGUGCCGUAAGCAAUGUCAUCAUCUGGGGUAACCACUCGGCCACACAAUUCCCUGAUGCCAGAAAUGCUAAGGUAACAGUAGGUGGAGCUGAGAAGGCCGCCUGGGAUGCUAUCGGCGAUACAUCCUUCUUGGAGGGACCUUUCGUUGAGAUUGUUCAGAAGCGUGGUGCUGCUGUUAUUUCUGCACGCAAAAUGUCUUCAGCGAUGUCUGCUGCCAAGGCUGCCUGCGAUCACAUGCACGACUGGUGGAAUGGAACUAAGCCCGGUCAAUUUGUUUCAAUGGGAGUUAUUUCCGAUGGCAGCUAUGGUGCCCCCAAGGAUGUCGUCUAUUCAUUCCCAGUUGAAAUCAAGAACAAGCAAUGGAGUAUCGUUCAAGGAUUAACUCUUGACGAUUUUGCUAAAUCAAAGCUGGCCAUAACCAGCAAGGAAUUGCUCGAAGAAAAGACAGAAGCUAUGGCUGUUUGUAACGCAGAUUGACUGCUCGGCGAGGCAAAAUUGUAGUAAAAUAGUUUUGUUUCCUCGGAUUUUUCUUUCGCUUUUGUAUUUUUUUUUUUGGUUCGUUAGAAAAGUUUAUCGCACUAUUUUAUUUUAAAAUAAAUAUAAUUUCAUUAUGUACUUUUAUUUUGUUUUUUGAUACGAGGAAGUUGCAUUGAAACUUUAAACUUAAUGCGGAUAUUAGUUCUUAAUGAAUUGUUUGUUCUUAUAAUUAAAAAAAGUGGAAUAAUUGUUAAAAUUAUAAUUGUAAAUAAAUUCAAAUGCAUUUUAUAGAG